AUGACUUUCAAAGUCCCAUACGAUUCAAGCCCGCCGUCAACACCGGACAAGGGGAAGUCACAAUGGAGUCAUCUCUCUACAACCCCCGCCGGUCCUCCGCCUUCGGAAGGCGACUCCUUCACUCCCCAAGGACAUCCGAACUCGAAGCUUUUCAACAGCUCUCAGAUCGAGUCGCACUCGAAUCAACCAGGCUUCAAUAACUCCCUCUUCACCAAAUCCGGCGGGUUCAACACAAAUGACAGCAUCUUCGGUUCCUCUUUCGGGUCUGAGUUUGCCCAGUCCAAACCAGCCAAGGCGGCCCCCAGGUCCUUCGUUGCAUCCCAGUCUCACUUCGGCUCGACCAAUGGAGGCGGAUUCGCGCAGUCCACGAAUUUCGGGCAGUCCAACGGCUUUGGACAAUCAGGCGUAAGCCGAUACGAGGAAGAAUACGAAGAGGGGGAAGAGGAGAGGGAACCGGAAGAGGAGCUUGAAGAGGAGGAGGAUGCUGAGGGGGAUAUGGACAUGAGCAGUCGUGAACCCUCGACCCGUCUCAGCUUCCUAGAUUCCAAUUUCGGAAAUCCGCUCCCAGCACAGCCUUCGGCGCUCGGCCAGCGCAAGCCAAUUUACACGAACCCUACGGAUGCGAAGCGACCGAAACUCGACGAGCGCUGGGCGCAGCAAUCGCCGAUUCGCAAGACCAAGCUCUCCCCGAAAAAGUCCUCUGCCAUGCCUUCCAUCCUGCAUCAGCUUGCUGUUCGAUCCCGCCAGGCUGCUGUCGACGAACCGGCUGACAUGAUUAUCAACACAGAGGAUACGCUCGGCCGAAUGCAUGACGAGCUUAGAGACAUCCAGUACACACAUCUCGAUCUUGAUCUCAUCCUUUCAUAUACUGCGAACAAGUUGGCAGCGACUUGGGAUAUUUGUGCGGAUCGCAGUGGGAUUGUGCGGCCAUAUGGCUCUGGAGCCAGCAUUGGUCCCGAAAAAAUGGCUCCUAAUCUCGUCAAGGCAAGCUUCUUGGCCUCUUUGAUGCUGCAAAUUCAUCAUCCGGGCCGUGCGUCUAACCCCAUCGCCACUGCCUCUAACCCGGCUGCUCGAACCGGACACAACAGUAUGGUCAAAGCCAUGCAAAGAUCUGUCGUGGCCACCCCAUUGCCUCAGAUUCUGCUCGACUGGUUGAACGGUAAUCAUGCAUCCCAAGCUAAUGACUUGCAAGCACUGCGCUACGUCGAGCCCAACCCGACAGCCUCCACAAACUUCUGGGAUAUUAUCAAUUCCGCUGUCCUUCGCGGCCGCUUUGCGGAGGCUGCCGAGAUUCUUCGAUCUGCCGAUUUCAACUAUGCGCGAUCGGCGCUCGAGGACGGCCUACCACAGCCGGGCUACCGUGGUAUUCAAUUACAAAAUAUCCAGCGCUGCGUGAACAAGGCGCUUUCAGUGCUGGAUUCUUGCCCGGGCUUCCAAGAUGACGACUGGGACAUAACCGGUCCUGACUGGAACCACUACCGCAAGCAGGUGCUUGCUGCGGUCAAUGACCUAGAGGACUUUGCCGAGGGCGAGGAGAAGGAUCAGCCAGUUCCUCUAUUGCAAGAGAACCGUGGCUUCCAGGCCGUCAACUUUGGUCUUUCGAACUUCGGACAGAAGCCAAUCUCCUUCAGCCAAUCUGCGCGCAUGGCCGAGAGUCGUGUCCCGUGGAGCAUCUACCAGAGCUUGCGCUCUCUAUACCGCAUUAUUCUCGGUGACCCGGCCACUAUCAAGGCCCAGUCUCAAGAUUGGGUCGAGGCGACUAUCGGUCUGACUGCCUGGUGGGAUGGUGAGGAUGAUGAAGGGACACCUGGAAUCGACUUCCGCACCAGCACAUCGAGCAACGACUUCAGGCGCUCACGCGGAUCUCGAAGCCAAAUUCGUUCCGUGGAUCGCAACACUCGCGAUGCCUAUCUUCGACGCCUGGAUCUUGCUUUCGGUAGCGCAACCAACGAGCCAUCUGACAACACGGGAUUCCGGGUGAACACCAUGAACAGCGUUGAAGUUGGUCUGGCCAAUGUGUUUGAGGGUAAUGUGCAGGGUGUUGUCGAGUUGAUGCAAACCUGGUCGCAGUGCGUUGCUUCUGCUGUUACAGAAGUUGCCUGCCUUGGUGGCUGGUUCACCUCUGCGGAGACGUCGAAGAAGAUGCCUGGUUUGAGUGAAAAAGACUUGAUGGUGUUAUCCUACGGCCAGGACAACGGGCCGAUUACUCACAAGCUCAACCGAGUUGAUAUCAUACGUGAUUAUGCCUUUGGUUUGAAUGACCGGGGAUCGAUCGAGAAUGAGACCGGCACCCGAGAGGGCUGGGAAAUGGCUUUAGAAGUAUUGAGUCGUCUUGAUGAUGCUAGCGCGACGAAAAAAAGCCGUAUGGACAAGUUGGUCAUGCUGUGCUCGGACUUGGGACUGGAGGAGACGGGACGAAAGAUCUCCGAGCGAUUUGGUGACUCGAAUGCAGCCAAAUCCGAUAGUUUUGGCCUUGCGCUCAUCUGCUAUGCGCGUGCUCACAACCGCCGCAAAGUCAAGUCCGUCGUGGAUCUUUUGAUUUCCUACAGCUUAGUCCACUCUCGCGCAUACCCUGCGACGGCCGACUUGGACGCCAACCUUCGUUCUUUGAUCAAAGAUCCCAAAGCGUGUUUGACAUCCAUUGCAUCCAUUGAUGAAGACGCCGCUGCAAUUCUUCAGUUCUACCUCAGUGGUUACGCAACGUUGCGUCGGUACUACGAGAUCCGUGACGAGGCCUUGGACCUAGAGGAAGGCCAGCAACCCCGAUUCAAGCCUCUUGCCCGACGUCGCGCCGCCGCCAAAGCGCUCACAGCUGUGGUGAGCAGCGCCGCUGACAACAUCUACGGCGGUCUCUUCGAUCCCAGCCGCGACUCCGCUGUCCAAGUUGACGGACUCCUCGCACUUCUGGGCGAGACCCUCAUCUUCGUCAACCGUAAAACCUACCUCCACCCUCACUGUCUCCCAACAAUUCACGAUUCUCUCCGCAAUCGAGGAUUUAGAAACAGUGACCCCCCUGUCUUCGCGCAAUGCGAAGAAUGCUUCCGCUCCACCCUGCUCGGCUACAACCACCUCCCCGAAGGCGCCGCUCUCUCCCCAAAUACCAUCCUCAAGAAAUCCAUCUCCAACCUCUCAGCCUCAACUUUCUCCCUUAUCGGAAACGAGCUUUUAUCAGGUCCCACCUCAGCUGGCAGCUCAGGUGUCCUUGUCCCUCGACCCGGUGACAAGGACUCGGGCCGAGCUCGGGGAUGGGACUGGCGUGCCGGUCUGCCGGAGAGUACCAGGGGUGAGGAUGUGUUGCGGAUGCUUCGAUUGGGUCUGGCUAAGGGUUUGAGCUUUGGGUCGUUGGGGGCCGUGUAG